GUUCAGCCAAACGGAAGCCUGGAGGCUCCGGAAGCGACUUUGGGCUUCGGAGCGGAAAGCGGAAGCGCCGUGCUGCACGUGGGGGCGGCGCCGGUUCCGGGCUCUGGUCCUCCUGCUGCUGGGCGGUGAGGCCGAUGGCCUCGGUCACGGCUCUUGGCGAGGAGGGGCCCGGCGGUGCAGGGGACGCUGCUGGCGCCGGGCAGCCCCAGGCCUGGCUGAGCGUCGGCAUGGAGGGCGCGGGGGAGCCGCGGCCCGCCAACCACUGCAUCCGAGACGGGGACUUCGUGGUGCUGAAGCGGGAAGACGUGUUCAAGGCGGUACAGGUGCAGCGGAGAAAAAAAGUGACUUUUGAGAAGCAGUGGUUCUACCUGGAUAAUGUCAUUGGCCACAGCUACGGGACUACCUUUGAGGUGACCGGAGGAGGAAGUCUUCAGCCCAAGAAGAAGAAGGAGGGGGAGCCCACUGCAGAGACGAAAGAAGCAGGCACUGAUAAUAGAAAUAUAAUCGAUGACGGGAAAUCACAGAAACUCACUCAGGAUGACAUUAAAGCCCUGAAGGACAGAGGCAUUAAAGGAGAGGAAAUAGUUCAGCAGUUAAUUGAGAAUAGUACAACAUUCCGAGACAAGACAGAAUUUGCCCAAGAUAAAUAUAUAAAAAAGAAGAAAAAGAAAUACGAAGCAGUCAUUACUGUUGUGAGGCCGUCCACUCGUAUUCUUUCAAUUAUGUAUUAUGCAAGAGAACCUGGAAAAAUUAACCACAUGCGGUACGAUACAUUAGCUCAGAUGUUGACGCUGGGAAAUAUCCGUGCUGGCAAUAAAAUGAUUGUCAUGGAAACAUGUGCAGGCUUGGUGCUGGGUGCAGUGAUGGAACGAAUGGGAGGUUUUGGCUCCAUUAUUCAGCUGUACGCUGGAGGUGGGCCUGUUCGGGCAGCUACAACGUGCUUUGGAUUUCCCAAGUCUUUCUUCAGUGGUCUUUAUGAAUUUCCCCUGAACAAAGUGGACAGUCUCCUCAAUGGCACGUUUUCGGCUGAGAUGUUGUUCUCAGAGCCCAAGGACAGCGCUACACUUGAGGAAAGCAGUGGGACUCUGGGGCGCAAGCAGGCUGCUGAAGCCGAGAGUGAGGAUGGCCUGGCCGAGGCCCCAGAGAGCAACCUUCUGGAAGAGCAAGAGACGCUGGAAGAGGUUUCCCAGGAUCCAGAAGAUAAGGAGCCUAAAGAAAAAGAUGGCAAGAGAGAUUAUAUUCAGGAAAAACAACGGAGACAAGAAGAGCAGAAGAAAAGACGUUUAGAAGCAGCCGCCCUGCUGAGUGAGAGAAAUGCAGAUGGCCUCAUUGUAGCUAGUCGUUUCCAUCCCACUCCACUGCUGCUGUCUCUGCUGGACUUCGUGGCGCCUUCAAGGCCGUUCGUGGUCUACUGUCAGUAUAAAGAGCCUCUGUUGGAGUGCUACACCAAACUGCGGGAGCGUGGAGGAGUCAUCAAUCUGAGGCUGUCGGAAACCUGGCUCCGGAACUACCAGGUUUUGCCAGAUCGAAGUCAUCCCAAACUGCUGAUGAGUGGCGGUGGGGGGUACCUUCUCUCGGGCUUCACGGUUGCCAUGGACAACAUAAAAGCAGACACGAGCCUGAAACCCAGUGUGAGCACGUUGGAGUCCCAGGAGCCUGAGGAGCCAGCAGCUAAAAAACGGAAAUGCCCGGAGUCUGGCUCUUAAGCCUGCAAGAUUGGCUUCCAUCUUUGUUCUCAGGCAUUAUACAGUUAGUAAUUAAACUUUCAAUACCAUUGCAAUUGUUUUUUU